CGACAUCAUGAUUAACCCUUGAUUGAUCCUACCCCGCACUUCACCGCUUCACUCAUUAACAGACUCUACUGGGAUUGGUAGAGAGGUCUAUCAAGUCAUGUUCUCCUUUAUCUUCCUCAGUCUUUUUCUUCCGGUCUUCAACUGUUCUUGACAUUUCCCAGCAGUUAAAUAGCACAGCCAAGAUGGCAGCCAAGACAGAAGCAGAAUUAACACUCGUCGACAUCGAGAAUGGUAAAGAGAACACUUGCCAAGAGACUGAGUACCUACGCAUCGUCCCUCUGUCUGCUGGGAUCUAUCUCCUGUGCUACCUCGACCGCUCUAACAUCGGAAAUGCAAAGACUCUCAAUUCCGCAACGCACAAUGAUCUCCUAUCUGAUACUCACAUGACGGAUCACCAAUACGUGAUUGCUUUAAUGGUUUUUCUAAUCGCAUAUGCCGUAUUCGAAGUCCCGUCGAAUUACUUCCUGAAGAAACUCAGUCCCAGCAAAUGGCUUGCCUUUCUGAUGUUCUCAUGGGGAGCAAUCACCAUGGGGCUUGGCGGGACACAUAAUUUUGCAGGCGUCACCGCCGUGCGCUUCAUCCUGGGAAUGUUCGAAGCUGGCCUCUUCCCAGGAUUAGUCUAUUACCUGACCUUCUGGUACCGCAGCGAUGAGCGCUCGAUCCGUGUCGCCUUCGUCCUUGCAUCUGCUACUCUGGCCGGGGCGUUCGGAGGCGCCAUCGCCUACGGCGUAGGCCAUAUGAAUGGCACGCAUGGCCUCUCAGCCUGGCGCUGGCUAUUCAUCCUCGAAGGGAUCCCCUCCUGUCUCUCUUCCAUACUCGUACUCUUCUUCCUGCCCGAUUAUCCCGAGACCGCAGGCUGGUUAACCGUCGAGGAGAAAGCGCUUGCGAUUGCCCGCCUCGCGACUGAGGGAUCGCAUGGUCAUGGGCGGAACCUGACUUGGGCUGAAGCGAAAGAGACUUUGACUGAAUGGAGAUUAUACGCUCAUUACGCAGUAUACUUCGGCAUCUCAACCCCGUUCUCCAGCCUCUCUCUCUUCACCCCAAGUAUCACUGCGGGGCUGGGAUACAAAGGCCUGAAAUCGCAGCUGAUGACCGUCCCGCCGUACGCGGUUGCUUAUGUCGUCACGAUUCUGGUCUCGUAUUCCGCUGAUCGGUUUAAUGCCCGCGCUCUCCACUCCGCCCUCUUCGCCACCAUCGGCGCCGCCGGCUUCACGGCCUCUGCUCUCCUCCCUGCAGAUUCUUACACCUCCCGCUACGGAUCCCUAAUCGUCGCCGCCUCAGGCGCCUUCUCCUGCAUCCCGCCGCUCCUGGGCUUCCUCUCCUCGAACCUAUUCAGCACCGGCGCCGCGGGCCUCGCCAUCGCGCUCAACAUCUCAGUCGGCGCGCCGGGCCAGAUCGCCGGGGUCUGGAUCUACAAGGCGGAUGAGGAGGCGAGGGGCUAUCCGACGGGCCAUUGGACGAAUGCGGCGUUGUUGUUUUUCGUGGCGGUGGGCAGCAUAGGCUUGAGGCUUUGGUAUGGAUGGUUGAAUAGGAGGGGUGGGGCGGCGGAUGGGAGGUUGUUUAGAUAUUAGGAGGUGGAAAGGGGGGAGGUGGGUGCGUGGGGAUUGCGGAUUUGGGUUAGAAGUUUUAUAAAUUUAGGAUCGUGUCUAGUGCCGUUAAGUCCCCUCUUCUUCAUCUAACAACAGCAGAUGUGGCGGUCGACAUUGUUACGUCUCGACUACGUGAGUUGUCUUCAAGGUGAUCACAGUCACAGAUAUCUCCCGAGCAGGAGAUCUACCUAUCUUCCUAUAAGCACCAUGUCCUUUUCUGUUCGGUUAAUUACCAUGUCUUGAAAAGAAGAACACUUUAUUUAUUU